AUGUCAAAGAGUGCGAUCAAGAAGAGAAAAACUGAUUCCGGUGUGGAACACACUCAUGGUAAGGAUGAAAACUUUGAAGCGUUACUAAAGCCUGUAUUUAAAGGCAAAAAAUUGACAGACGAAAUCAAUACUGCUGAAGAUAAGUGGAACCUGCUACCAGCCUUUCUUAAGGUUAAGGGUUUAGUUAAACAACAUUUGGACUCCUUCAACUAUUUUGUAGAUGAUGAUCUAAAAAAAAUUAUUCAAGCCAAUCAAUUGAUCCUUUCUGAUGUUGAUCCCGAAUUUUAUCUUAAAUAUGUUGAUAUUAGAAUUGGUAAAAAAUCUUCUUCUUCUGCUAGAGACUAUUUAACACCACCACAUGAAUGUAGAUUAAGAGAUAUGACUUAUUCCGCCCCAAUCUACGUUGAUAUUGAAUACACGAGGGGUAGAAAUAUUAUUAUGCAUAAGGAUGUUGAGAUAGGUAGAAUGCCUAUUAUGUUAAGAUCCAACAAGUGUAUUCUUUAUGAUGCAGAUGAAAAAACUAUGGCCAAAUUGAACGAAUGUCCAUUAGACCCAGGUGGUUAUUUCAUUGUAAAUGGUACCGAGAAGGUUAUUUUAGUUCAAGAACAAUUAUCAAAGAAUCGUAUCAUCGUGGAAGCGGAUCCAAAGAAAGAGAUUGUUCAAGCAUCUGUUACUUCAUCUACUCACGAAAGAAAAUCUAAGACAUAUGUUAUCACCAAGAAUGGGAAGAUUUAUUUGAAACAUAAUUCUAUUGCAGAAGAAAUUCCUAUUGUCGUUGUUUUGAAGGCCUGUGGUAUUAUAUCAGAAUUGGAAGUAAUGCAAUUAGUUUGUGGUAAUGAUAGUAGCUAUCAAGAUAUAUUUGCUGUCAAUUUAGAAGAAGCUUCAAAACUAAACAUCUAUACGCAACAACAAGCGCUGGAAUAUAUCGGUGCAAAGGUUAAAACAAUGAGAAGACAAAAAUUAUCUACUUUACAGGAGGGUAUCGAGGCUAUUGCUACUACUGUUGUAGCUCAUUUGACUGUUGAAGCUCUAGAUUUCAGAGAAAAAGCUUUAUAUAUGGCAAUGAUGACUCGUAGAGUCGUCAUGGCAAUUCAUAACCCAAAAAUGGUGGAUGAUAGAGAUUACGUCGGUAACAAACGUUUAGAACUUGCUGGUCAACUGAUCUCUCUAUUGUUUGAAGAUUUGUUUAAAAAAUUUAACAGUGACUUCAAAGCUAGUAUUGACAAAGUCCUCAAGAAGCCAAAUAGGGCAAUGGAAUAUGAUGCUUUAUUAUCUAUUAACGUCCAUUCAAAUAAUAUAACAAGUGGGUUAAAUAGAGCUAUCUCUACUGGUAACUGGUCUUUAAAGAGAUUUAAGAUGGAAAGAGCGGGUGUCACACACGUUUUAUCAAGAUUGUCUUAUAUUUCUGCAUUGGGUAUGAUGACGAGAAUUUCUUCUCAAUUUGAAAAAUCAAGAAAAGUGUCUGGUCCAAGAGCUUUACAACCUUCUCAAUUCGGUAUGUUGUGUACAGCUGAUACACCAGAAGGUGAAGCUUGUGGUUUAGUUAAAAAUUUAGCUUUAAUGACACAUAUCACUACUGAUUACGAUGAAGAACCAAUUAAGAAAUUGUGUUAUGUUAUUGGUGUUGAAGAUAUUACUAUGAUUGAUAGUUCAUCUCUUCAUUUGAAUUAUGGUGUUUACCUAAACGGUACUUUGAUUGGUGUCACAAGAUUUGCUAAUAAAUUUGUUACACAAUUUAGAAAUUUAAGGAGAAGCGGGAAGAUUUCUGAAUUUAUUUCUAUCCACACUAAUACUCACCAAAAAGCUGUUCAAAUCGCCACAGAUGGUGGUAGAAUUUGUAGACCAUUAAUUAUUGUAAGUGAUGGGAAAUCUCGUGUUACAGCUGAACAUUUGGCUCCUUUAAUGAACGGUGAACUUGUUUUUGAUGACUUUUUGAAACUUGGUUUAGUCGAAUAUUUGGAUGUCAAUGAAGAAAAUGAUUCAUUUAUUGCACUAUAUGAAAAAGAUAUAUCGCCAGCUUCUACACAUUUAGAAAUCGAGCCAUUUACAGUCCUGGGUGCUGUUGCUGGGUUGAUUCCUUAUCCUCACCAUAACCAAUCUCCACGUAAUACCUACCAAUGUGCGAUGGGUAAACAAGCUAUUGGUGCAAUUGCAUAUAAUCAAUUCAAGAGAAUUGAUACUCUGUUAUAUUUGAUGAUUUAUCCGCAACAACCUAUGGUUAAGACCAAAACUAUCGAGCUAAUUGAUUAUGAUAAACUGCCUGCAGGUCAAAAUGCUACAGUUGCUGUUAUGUCCUAUUCUGGUUACGAUAUUGAGGAUGCUUUAGUUUUGAAUAAAGCUUCUAUCGACAGAGGUUUCGGUAGAUGUGAAACACGUAGAAAGACGACGACUAUAUUGAAAAGGUAUCCAAAUCAUACACAAGAUAUCAUUGGUGGUAUGCGUGUAGACGAAAAGGGUGAACCAAUAUGGCAGCAUAAAUCAUUAGGACCAGACGGUUUAGGUGAAGUGGGUAUGAAGGUUGAAAGUGGUCAAAUUUAUAUUAAUAAAUCUAUUCCAUUGAACUCUACUGAACCAUUUUCUGGUGAUGCUGGUUCACAGUACAAAGAGACUCCAGUUAUAUACAGAGCUCCAGAGGCUUCUCAUAUUGAUCAAGUUAUGAUGUCCGUAUCAGAUAACGAUCAAGCACUGAUCAAGGUUCUUUUGAGACAAAACAGAAGACCGGAACUUGGUGAUAAGUUUUCUUCCAGACAUGGUCAAAAGGGUGUUUGUGGUAUCAUUGUUAAGCAAGAAGAUUUGCCAUUCAACGAUCAAGGUAUCUCACCUGAUAUUAUUAUGAAUCCCCAUGGUUUCCCAUCUCGUAUGACAGUCGGUAAAAUGAUCGAACUGAUUUCAGGUAAAGCUGGUGUGUUGAAUGGGUCCCUGGAAUAUGGUACAUGUUUCGGUGGUUCUAAACUGGAAGAUAUGUCUAAAAUACUUGUGGACCAAGGUUUCAACUAUUCCGGGAAAGACAUGUUAUAUUCUGGUAUUACAGGUGAAUGUCUUCAAGCUUACAUUUUCUUUGGUCCUAUCUAUUAUCAAAAAUUGAAGCAUAUGGUUCUUGACAAGAUGCAUGCCAGAGCAAGAGGUCCUAGAGCUGUCUUAACACGUCAACCUACUGAAGGUAGGUCAAGAGAUGGUGGUUUGAGACUAGGUGAAAUGGAAAGAGAUUGUGUUAUCGCAUAUGGUGCAUCUCAAUUAUUAUUAGAAAGAUUAAUGAUCAGUUCAGAUGCAUUUGAAGUUGAUGUUUGUAACUCAUGUGGUUUGAUGGGUUAUAGCGGCUGGUGUACAACAUGUAAGAGUGCUGAAAAUGUUAUUAAGAUGACCAUCCCUUAUGCGGCUAAAUUAUUAUUCCAAGAAUUGCUAUCUAUGAAUAUUGCACCAAGAUUAAAAUUAGAUGACAUAUUCCAAGAAUAA